GGAAUUUGUCGAGUGCCCUGUGUGACCGCCACAGCAGCAUUCUAUAUGUAUUUACCAUAUUUCACACUUUCUCAGUUUCAUCUUACCAUAAAUUCAUAAAUUUUAUUUUUUUUUAGUUUUCGGUUCUUGCAUUCAAUCCUUUAGCCCUAAAUUAAGUUUGUGCCUUGAGAAAUUUUUAUGGCUUCAAAAAGGAUCAACAAGGAGUUGAAGGACCUGCAUAAGGACCCUCCUGCCUCAUGCAGCGCUGGUCCGGUGGCUGAUGACAUGUUCCAUUGGCAAGCAACAAUUAUGGGUCCAUCAGACAGUCCAUUUUCAGGGGGUGUCUUUGUUGUAUCAAUUCACUUCCCACCAGAUUAUCCAUUCAAGCCACCUAAAGUUGCCUUCCGUACCAAGGUUUUCCACCCUAACAUCAACAGCAAUGGUAGCAUCUGUCUUGACAUUCUCAAAGAGCAAUGGAGCCCAGCCUUGACAAUAUCCAAGGUUCUUCUUUCAAUUUGUUCACUGCUUACUGAUCCAAACCCUGAUGAUCCUCUUGUGCCUGAGAUUGCCCAUAUGUACAAGUCAGACAGAGCCAAAUAUGAGAGUACUGCUCGAUCCUGGACUCAGAAAUAUGCAAUGGGUUAGAAGACUAAUUCCUUGAUAACAAGGAAGGUAGCCCUGUUAGUAAAUAAUAGAAAAUAAGUUUUUUCCAGAUAUAAAUUACUAGUUUGCUUUGUCAUACACUUUGUUAUGGAAGGUUUUAUGUGGGUUACUUUCAAAUUUUAGACAGUUCCUCUAAAACUUAAUUAAAACUUGAAAUAUUUGAAAUAUCUUUUGCUAGAAACAUCAGAAUUUCAAAUGAAAGUACACAUUAGAAAUUUGGAUUCA